CUUGCCAUCACAGUGUUAGGCGCUUGUAGCUAGCCUCGCACGCAGCCGUUUUGGUCUCGUCACGCAACGCUCCUCCCCAUCUUGCUUCCUCGGGUCACCAAUCAGCCUCAUCUUGCCCGCCAGCCGUAUAAUAAGUACAGCUGCACUUUCUAGCCUGCGCAAAGGAAUAUUGGAUGGAGAUAUCUACCUGCUAACUGCUACCGUCAAGAAGGCCGGAAUCUGCAGUUAGAAGUGAAUUUUUUUUUUCGUCAGGAGCCGAUUCCUGUCUUCGUAAACGGUAAUGCAAACGUUUCUGUCAGAAGACAGUGUUUGUAUAGGUUAUCAUACGACUUCAAGUUCAAUUUGGAAUUUAUUUGCUUGAGUGUGUUUUUCAAAAAAGUAUCAAACGGGCAAAAAUUUACUACAUCAAAACUCGUCCUCAAAACAUCCCCACAAUGCAAUUCGAUCGUCACAACACUUGAACCCAGUCUCACGCGCAACCUCAAAGUUGCCAAUAAGGAUUGCGGCGCCUGAUUGGUUCUUAAACAUUUCUAUUGUUUUUUGCCAAUCACGGUUCUCCAUUAUCUGAUAAUUGAAUUAUAUUUCUUCGUUUUUGCACUCUGUUUACUUAUAGGCUGUUUACAGUCCGUUAUUUUUCCGUAAGUUCCUCAAGAUCAACCGCUCUACAUUACGCGCGGCCAUAUAUCUUGGAUUUGUAUCAAAUCUACUUUCUCGCCUCCCUCCCCCCACAUAAACCCCACAUGCUAUAAACCCCGGCUCCAUCUUGGAACUGCAUUACUGCUCUCAGCCAAUCAGAUUCAAUAAACCUAAUGGAGUGUAAAAUCGAGAUAUUGUAUGUGAUAAGUUUGCCUAAGUUACUUCUUGUCGUCUUUACAUCUAAUAUUUGCUUGUCUUUUCCAGUCGAAGUUUCGUUACCGUUAAACAUUGGUCUCGAUGAUGUUCGUUUGACAGCCGACCCUAGUGAAUCUGUCAACCUGACCUGUGUGGCUAGUUACAGCCCUCGACAACCCUCUGGGUAUAGUUGGAGCAGAGAUGGAACGGGGCUGUCUGACACAACCUCUUCGGUUACCAUACCAUACAACAAUGCCAGUAAUAUCUACAGUAACUCUUGUACAAGAAAGCUCCCUUCAGCCAGUGGAGUCCAGUGUAAUUCAACGUACCAAUGCUCUGCGUCACUUUCUGGAAUACAAGGCAGUCAUCUGACCACUGCAAAUGUUAUGGUGUCCUUAAGUAAGCAACAAUUAGUGCGUACCUUAGAACGGUUUUUUGCUCGUUAUUGUGAAGGUCAAAAUUAAUUUAAUAUACGGGAUCACGCAGUCGUCAAUAACUAACAUAAUUUAAGUCCUUUAUAAGGACACGAAAAUAUUGCAUUCCAACAAUACACGACUAUGAACGGUAUUAUAUCAACAAGGAAGUACCUCCUAAAAAAAUGCCUCAACCUUUAACGUAUUCUAAAUGGGUAACGUAUUUUUAACGCGUUUGUUUAUUCGUUGAUUUUCAGAGAAACCAGGCCAGCCAGUUGUUCAAGUUAAUCCAAGUAAACUUAAAGCAAGAUCAGCAUUAGUCACAUGGUCGUAUAAUCCUGGAGCGGAUGAAGUGCCUGUAACUGCCUACAAUCUUGAGUAUCGAAAUAGUACUUUUGCAGAGAAUAUAUCUUUGGGAGCUGUAUUAAGUAAACGGAUUAUCAACCUCAAGCCAUACACAACCUACAGUGUUAGGUUGAUACCCAACAGUGUCUUAGGAAAGAGUCCAUGGAGUAAUGUCCAAAAUUUCAAAACAAAAACUGCCAGUAAGUUAUGAUGCAAAUUAGAUGCAGUGCUUAGAAUGAUAAUUUAUAUAAUACGUUAUUUUUCCAAAAUAUUGACCACUACAUCGUUUUACAUUGACUACUGUUGUUAUCAUCUAAUCGAUAUUUUCAUUAAAAUCUGAAGAACUGUGACACAUAAAGGUAUGUAAGCAAACUAAUUCAGCGAUUUUUCAUGUAAUAAUCAGGCCCCAGUUGUUCAAAGCUGUACAGUGCUAUCCACCGGAUAAAGCACUCUCACGCGGAUAACGUGAUUGAUUUCCGUAAUACUUAUCGAACAACCCGGUCCAGGCGUCAGGUCAUAGGACAGAGCUAUUCAGAUGGAGUAUCAAUCAAUCUAAACUUUACUUGUUAUUUUCCCUUUUUAGAGCCUGAAGUCGAUGUCCAGAUCCUAAGUGUGACAAGUCCUACUUCGCAGUCAAUUCUAGUAAAUUGGCGGGUAAACAUCAGAUUUAUUGUAACAAAAACUCCUUCGUGUCCAUGAGUACUUCGUUUCUCUAGAGCGUUGCCUAUUAUUUCCAUUUUUCUCGAAAGACUCCUACCCAGACCCAGUCGCUAUUGAGGUAAGCGAUCUUUGGGUUCAUUCAUUUCACUGCUUUCAGUGCUUUGUGUAACCAAAGGAAAAAAGUGAAGGCUUGAAAUUGUCUGCAUCAAUCCCGCAAAUUUACCAUUUUCAGACCUUAAAGUUUAAUGGAGUUCACUGUUAAAAGGCUUGAAAAUAAACAUAGAACGAGAAAGGAGGACCAUGAAAAAAACAAAACAAACAACAAAGACAACUUAGACGGAUGAGGGUUUUCUACUUAGAUAUUUCAUCUGCGGUGGUCUCCCAAUUUUGGUCUCGCACUGACAGUUAUGAGGGCAGUGGCUGGGAAACAAAUGUUUGAAGUUAACCGCGGGUAUGUCCGUAUGAGCAUAUAAGGUUUAACUAGGAGGAGGAGAAAUUAUUCAACGAUGUAUUACUUAAACACUAAUUUAGUCAAGUUCAUGUCGUAGACACCAAGCACCACCAAUUUAAACGGACCCUUUAGAGGGUACAGUAUUGAAUACAUGGAAGCAGGGAAAUCUUCCUCGAAAGUCAAUGUCAGUGGAUCAACCCUCAGUCAUACUUUAGAGAACCUGAAGAAAUGGACAGUAUAUUUCAUUAAAAUCGCAAUCAGUAAUGGCGACUUUCUUGGUCCACCGAGUCCUGAAAAGCAAGUUCGGACGCGAGAAGAUGGUUUGUAUACUCCUUGACUUAAGCUUGUUUUCUACAAGUAUCUGUUUCUUUUCCCUGUUAUUACUUCCAGAACAACAAACGAAAAACUAACAAAAGGAGAGCAAUUGACUUUCACCUCCGUCUCUCAACCUUUUCCUUUCAUUUAGCCCCCAGCAAACCACUGAAUCUAUUGUUCACCUUGCAAAAGCCAAGUGAAACGGUGAUGCCGAGAAUGACGGUCCACUGGCAACAACCUGCUGAACAAAAUGGCAUCAUCAGAAAAUAUGAGCUCGUGUUCACGUACGACUUUGAUGGAAGACAAACUACCAUUACAGGUGAAACAAAUAAUGAGACCUUUAGCUACAGUCUAGAUGUUUUCGGUGGAAUACAGUACAGUGUUGAAAUUUGGGCAGAAACGAUUAAACCUGGUCCAACGCUAACUGGAGCUAAACAAGUACCAGAAUACAGUAAGUAUCUGCUUUUCAGUUUCCUGCUCUCAGUGCUGUUGUAUUAGCGGCCCUUUGUAAAGAUGAUGUGUGUAAAUGGAAUUCGUAAGGGAAAUGAUAAGCACUGGCAUGAGAAGCUACGGCUCUGAGCUGCAAGUCCUAGAAAUGAAAGAGAGAUUAUCCUUUUGCUUAAAAAGCCCUAUAACGACUACAAACAGGAAAGAAAAGAAGGGGAAGAUUCCCAAGCCCAUUUUGAAUCACUUCUGCCAAUGAGUAUCGUGGUCAGUGAAAUUUAUGGUGUGUAUUGGAUAUAUGGUUAAAUUUUUAACCAUCCACUUCAAUCUCGAAUAGUCACUUGUCAUUUACAAUUUUUCGGUUAUCGCAAGAUUGUAUUCUCACCAAUUGCUUCUUUUUUCAUUCUUUUUUGCAGAACCAAGCGCGCCACCUCAAAACAUAACCUCUGAAAAGAUGAACGAAACAACUUACAAAAUAAGUUGGAAUCUUCUUCCCAGAGACAAGACCAAUGGUAUAGUGAUCGCAUUUGAAGUGAAUCAGACAACGCUUUCUAUUACACGCACUGCAAGAUCCGCGUCCACUUCGUCGGUUCUACAAAACACAUCCGACACUUUUAUCGUUUUAACUGGUCUUUCAACGUGCUCUGUUUACAAAGUUGAAGUGCGUGCCUACACUUCUGCUGGGCCAGGAGUCUUUGGUAGACUUAAUCGUGACAUCGCGACUUCAGGUAUUUCAAUGUAGUCAUAAAUCGACUUAAAACGGACACAAAAGGGGCAGAGCCGAGCGUGCGCGUUAUAGAGAUGUCCCUUUAGAGAUAAACUGUCCAAAAUAGAGAAGUGUUAGAAUUAUGUAUGAUCUCCAAGGGAAACUGAGUCGCUUCUUUGACAGAACUAAUAUUAAGCUAUACAGGGGAAACUUUCCGUUCCAAAGAAAGCAAAAUACAUAACGAAGCAUUAAGUAUCGUCGAAAAUGCUCUUAACCGGAAGGGCGAUGUAAUUAACUCGUUCUCAUAUAUUGUAAGUGUGUCCAUCCCUUACAAUCAUUGCAAAUGAUCAUUACCUAUUGUUGUAGUUCCUGGUGAACCAACUGACGUGAACACGGACAAUCCUUGUAAACGGAGCAUAACCUUGCGGUGGGGUAAACCGAAACUACACAGCAUUGAU